AUGGCAAAAUUUCCACUGUCAUGCAAAGAUAAAAAGACCCAGAAGAUGAUUAUGGGCUUCUCAGAGUUAGAGAUAGACGUGGCUUGGCAACUAGUACAGAUGAGCAGCAGGGAUAACAAGCGGAAGCUGAAGGUGAUAAAAAACAAGAAGAAUGAUGAAGCAGAGCGAAGUUCAUGCCAGAGUGAUGCGAGCAAUGAGCAUGCAGGUUAUACCUUCUUUGAAGAAGAAGAAGAAGAAGAUAAUAUUUUUGGUGAGAAAGAUGAUGAUGGGUAUCCCAAGAGAAGGAACAAAAGGUUUAGGUCAAUUAAUCAUGUUUACAAGGUUACGCAACCAGUGCUGGCGGGUGGUUGUGUCCAUAGUAAGAAGAUGAAGCUUUCAUAUACUUGA